AUGGAUUUCAUCUUCUUCUCAUCCAUCAUGCCUCUCCUCCUCCUCACUGUUGUCAUAUCUUAUGACAUCGCUUGCCAGUGGAAGCUCAAUCUCAUGAAGAGAAUGAAUGAGCUUCCUGAACACCUUCGGAUGCCAGCAGCUGUCACCCUUGUGGCAUUUAUGUUCGGAAUCCCGAAGUUUCACUGCCCUGCGCAUGAGGAAAAAUGUGCGAUUCCGCAUUCCUUGAACCUCAUGCCAGGCAUAGGACGGACUGAUGGUGAGGGAAUCGAACACAACUGGGCAGAGAUGAAUCGUGUUGCCAACAGCACGAAGGAAAUGGGCGCCGGUUAUCGACACGAUGUCCUCGAUGACCAUUUUGGACAUCACAACUGGCGCAAGUAUGCUGGACUAGGACUCUCACUAUGGAAAAAACUGCUAAAUGCUGUCAAGGAGCAGGGUUGUCACCAAUCAUUUUUGCAUGACUUUAAUUUAGUGAUUGACGAUGCACAUCGAGGAGAAUGGACUGCAAUGAUCGAGGCUUGGGAACACGACAAAUCAAGUCCGAAUCCAUAUGUGCACAUCAAGAUUAGCCUUUCAGAAGCACAAAUACGUGCUAAUCUUACGGACGAUGAGAAGAUUUCUAUCAGUAACGGGUGUCAACUUCUGCACAAAGUUACUCCUAGUUCUUUCAUCUAUAUGGGCCUGGUUCUGGAAGAUGCACAAUCUCUCAGUGUGAAUGGGCACGCCGAACUUAACCAACAUCGGAUCACGCUACAACAACAGCUAGCCCACUUCCGCAUCAUACAGCGGGUAUAUAUGGUAGGCAUCGAAGGCUGGAUUGAAGAUCAAGACAUGAACUCGUCUGAGGAAGUCGAGGAUGAAUCGCUCUGGCUGCCGUCGACACUCCCUCCAAGCAAUCGAGACUUACUAUGUACCAACAAUAUUGCUCACAUCGAGGCUGAGUUGCACAAGGGACAGUGUCGCGAUUCACUCGAUAAGUUGCGCAGGCAACUACAUACUAAAUCCCAUUUUGUCAAGCACCGCAAUCUCGAUUUACGCGGACAACAAGCCAACACUCGCACAAAUUCCUCUCUUGCUCGGUUGAACACCAAAAUCAAUGCUGCCGCAGAAAAAUACCGUGUCGCUUGGUCAGCAUUGCUAGAACUGGUUGGGAUCAGCGAGUUGGACAGGGAAUUUCAAUCCCUAGAGGCAAAGGACAUCAUGGCACCUGUCGACACAGUGUCGGGUGUGAGGAGUACUACAGGAAUGCGUGGAAGGAGAGACGCAUCACGCGGAUUAGGGCAGGGGUAUCAGAUGACAUCGUGGAUUUGGUCCAUUUCAGGCAUUCUCGAUCACGAAAGUGAUGCGGGUCUGAAUGAUGUGUUGCAUGUAGAAUGGGCUAAGUCUCGUGCCCAUGCGCAACGGUGGAGUGAAGAGGUGUUACUCCUCAAGGAGGAAAUGCGGCGAACAUGA